AUGGGGAAAUCCGAAGACAAGAAGGGUUCGCGGGAAGCGAAGGAGGACAAGAAAUUGGCGCUUGGGGUGAAGAGGAAGCAGCUGAAGAGGAAGAAUGACAGAGCGUUGGAAUGUGCCGUCGAUAGCGAACCCGCUGUCGGGCAUGGCGUUAAAGAAGAUAAAGAAUUGGCAUGGAGAAAGAAAAUUCCAUUGGUGAAGCAGAAGAAGAAAAAUAAGCAUGCCAAUGUUAAGAGUAAUCAUGAUAGGGCAGAUGAUGUGGUGGAAUUACUAUCAGACAGUAAAGAUGCUGCAAUGCCUAAGCUGAAGAAGAAGAGCAAAAAGAAGCUAAUGGAAAUUAGCAGUCCUGCCGUCGUAUAUGAAAGUUCAGUUGUUACUGAUGAUGCUGGAGCACCUAAGCUGAAGAAAAAGAAAAGGAAGGUAAAGGGAGGGAAGAGCUCUGCUGGGAUUACUGAGGCAGAAGAAAUCCUGCAUGAAAAUCAAAAUGAAGAAACUCAAAGUGCUAAUAUUUAUGCAUCUGAUGUCAACCAACUUGCAGCACUGAGUAAAGAUGUGGAUAAUGAAGAGCCUCAAAAAUCAAAGAGGGGAAAGAAAAUGGAAGUUAAAAAACCUGGGAAGGCCAAGAAGAAAGAUAAGCAUGCAUCAUGUAAAGAUAAUAACAACUUGGAGAGGCAUGUUGAAGUUAGUACUGCAAACGCUGAUGAGGUUCCAUCAGUUGAUGAAGACUGUUCCAGAGGAAUGAAAAAAUGGAUCUUGGAGUACAAACAGAAGAGACCUGGCUUGAAAGCCUUGCAGGAAAGGAUAGAUGAGUUUAUUGUUGCUCAUGAGGAACAACAAGAGAAGGAGAGGAAAGAAAGAGAGGCCCAUGCAGCAGAAGAUGGAUGGACGGUUGUGGUGCAUCACAAGGGGAGGAAAAAGACCACUGAUGCUGAAACUGGAACAGCUGUUGGCUCUGUAUCUCUUACUGCAAUGCAAGAGAAAAUGGCUAACAAGAAACCCAAGGAAGUUGAUAUGAACUUCUACAGAUUUCAGAAACGAGAAGCCCACCUCAGUGAACUGGCAAUGUUGCAGAGCAAGUUCGAGCAGGAUAAGAAAAGGAUACAGGAGCUUAGGGCCCAGAGGAAAUUCAAGCCUUACUAA